UCAAAAUCAAAAUCAAAAUCGUUACUGUUCCUCUCAUCUCCUCUUCUCCUCUUCUUUCCAUCCUCUCAAAUUCAAAGUUCAAAAUUUGAUAGAGAGGAGCAGAGCUCGGAAGCACUCCCCUGCCUGAGAGAGACUUCCGGUGCGCUGAAUGUCAGUCUGUUCGUCGCCUUCACUUCGCGCCCUCAUCUUGCCCAAACCCUUCACUCCUUUCCUCGCUCCAGGCGCUUAUUCAAUGUGGUAGAAAGAAUUGGGUCGCAGAGAUGAACCUAGACUCACUGUUCAGUAGAUUCUUCCACAGAAGACCCCCUGAUGGGCUGCUUGAGUUUGUCGAAAGAGUUUAUGUUUUCGAUUCCUGUUUUUCUACUGAAGUGUUGCCCAAUGACAUGUACGAGAUUUACCUGCACGAGAUCAUAACAGAAUUACACGAAGAAUUCCCAGACUCCGCAUUUCUUGCAUUCAAUUUCCGGGAGGGAGAGAAGCGGAGUCAGUUGGCGGAAAUUCUGUGCCAGUAUGAUGUUACUGUCGUGGACUAUCCUCGUCAGUAUGAGGGCUGUCCCCUGCUCCCUCUCUCUUUGGUUCAGCAUUUUCUUCGAGUCUGCGAGAGCUGGCUCUCUCUUGGGAACCACCAGAAUGUCGUCCUCCUGCACUGCGAGAGAGGAGGGUGGCCCCUCCUGUCAUUUCUGCUCGCGGGUUUCUUGAUUUUUAGGAAAUUCCACGGAGAGAAGAAGACUCUCGAGAUUGUCCAUCGAGAGGCUCCCAAGGGUUUUCUGCAACUCUUAUCGCCCCUCAAUCCGUUGCCUUCUCAACUCCGUUACCUUCAGUACAUAGCCAAGAGGAAUAUGGGUCCUCAAUGGCCACCUCCAGAGCGGGCCUUGUCUUUGGAUUGUCUGAUUUUGCGGUCCAUUCCAAGCUUUGAUUCCCAUAAUGGUUGCCGGCCGGUCAUUCAUUUUGGAAGGAAUCUUCUGAGCAGAGGUGGGCUUUCAACGCAGAUGCUCUACUCUAUGUCCAAGGCAAAGAAAGUCCUACGGCAUUAUUGCCAGGCAGAUUGCGAUGUGAUUAAGAUUGACAUCCAAUGUUUAGUCCAAGGAGAUGUCGUGUUGGAGUGUGUCCAUUUGGAUGCAGAUUCAGAAAGGGAAGUUAUGAUGUUCCGGGUUAUGUUCAGCACUGCUUUCAUCCGAUCAAACAUAUUGAUGCUGAAUUCCGAUAACUUGGAUAUUCUUUGGGACUCAAAGGAGCGGUAUCCUAAAGGAUUUCGUGCAGAGGUUCUGUUUGGGGAUGUUGAGAGUAUCUCUCCACAGAGAGCCCCCAUUACCAUAUUAAAUGGCGAGGAGAAAGGUGGAUUACCAAUUGAAGCUUUCUCUAGGGUUCAGGAACUCUUUAGUGGCGUUGAGUGGGUUGAUAAUGGUGAUGAUGCUGCCCUUUGGUUGCUUAAACAGCUUUCAGUCCUAAAUGAUGUGAAAGAACUGUCAAGGUUGCAAAAGAAGGUGAGCCUAUACACAUCUCCUAUCGAUUCAGAGGAAGAAACCAAUGCAUCCAGUGCGGCAGAUAGUUCUGACGAAGCAUCUGAGUUUCCCAAUAAUCCAAUGGAUCCAACAAAGCCUGACAAGCCUACAACUUUUGAGGGUGAAGAUUCACUUGAUGCCAAAUCGACCAUGGAACUUCUUGAUCGAGGAUCAGAGAAAAUGGGUGGGCCAUAUGCUGAUCAAGAACCCUCCCCUGAUGAGCUUCCAGUUACUGAUUCAUUCAAUUUAGAAUCACUUGCACCAACUACAGUCUACAAACAACCAUCGCCUCCCCCGCCUCCUCCUCCAUUGCCUUCAAAUUCUGUCUCCCCCCAGACCCACCUGCCUCCACCACCUCCUCCACCACCCCCCCCCUCCAUGACUACUGCUAUAAAAGCACCGGCACGGGCACCACCACCACCUCCCUAUAUUUCCAGUAGUUCUUAUGAGCAACCUUCUGUUAAUGACAGGACACCUCCUGAAGUUUCUUCUUCAGCUCCCUCACCUUCCUCUUCUUCCUUGUUUCAACAACCCUCCCAAACUCCCCCUCCACCCCCCACCCCCACACCCCCACCCCCCCCCCCACCCCCACCUUCUUUCAUGUCUGGUAAAGUUCCUGAACCACAGUCAAUAUCUCCCCCUCUUUCGUCUGCAUCACUUAAAUCAUCCCCAACGUUGUCGCGUCCAGCGCCACCCCCACCCCCACCACCUCCUCCACCAUCUUCAAGUAUUUCUUUGCAAAGACCUCCACCUCCACCUCCACCUCCUCCAUUACCUCCCCCCAAACCAGCUUCUUUGAAACCACCUCCGCCUCCGCCACCCAUGCCUGCUGCUUCUUUGAGAGGCCCUAAACCACCGCCACCGCCACCUCCACCUCCACCUCCACCUCCACCUCCACCUCCACCUCCACCUCCAACCUCCACUUCCUUAACUGCUUGCCGUCCACUUUCAGGUUCACCUAUGCGACCUGCACCACCUCCGCCACCACCGCCGCCGCCCCUUAGUUCCAAACUGCAAGGACCACCUCCACCUCCACCUCCUCCACCGCCACCUCCAUCGACAUCCAAUUCCAGUUCAUCUGCUAGUAAUGGUACUACUCGUGGGCCACCUCCCCUGCCUCCACCUCUCCCCCCUUCCCUUGUCCCUUCUCAUUCAGGACCUGGCCGGCCAGGUCCACCUCCGCCACCCGCUCCACCAAAACUUCCUGGUGCUCCCCCUCCACCACCAGGAUCCAAAGGGCCAAGUGCACCACCUCCUCCCCCUCCAUCUGUAGGCAAGGGAAGACCUGGUUUGAUAAGCCACAGUAAAAGUCGAGCUAGUGUUGUUGGGACUGCAAUGGCACCUAAGAAAGCCUCUCUAAAACCAUUGCACUGGGUAAAAGUGACACGCGCAAUGCAGGGAAGUCUAUGGGCGGACUCUCAAAAGCAAGACAAUCAGUCCAGGGCACCAGAGAUUGAUAUAUCAGAGCUGGAAAGUCUGUUUUCAGCAGCCACUUCAGAUGGCAGCGGGAUCAAUAAAGGUGGAGGUCGACGUUCUAACAUCAACAAACCUGAGAAAGUACAAUUGGUUGACUUGCGUAGAGCCUAUAAUUGUGAAAUAAUGCUCUCAAAUAAAAUUCCUUUGCCUGAUAUGCUUAAUGCGGUUCUGGCUUUGGAUUCUUCGGCUUUGGACAUUGAUCAGGUCGAGAACCUCAUCAAGUUCUGCCCCACAAAAGAAGAAAUGGAGACUCUAAAGAAUUACACGGGGGACAAGGAAUCACUUGGGAAGUGUGAGCAGUUUUUCAUGGAGCUAAUGAAGGUUCCACGGGUGGAAUCUAAAUUACGCGUGUUUGCUUUCAGGAUCACUUUUUCCUCACAGGUGAAUGACUUGAGGCAUAACCUCAGUACUAUAAAUGAUGCAACUAGAGAGGUAAAGGAAUCAGCAAAAUUGCGUCAGAUAAUGCAGACAAUUCUCACCUUGGGCAAUGCUCUAAAUCAGGGCCUGCACGAGUUUGUUUCUCUAUUCCAGGCACUGAAAGGUUUCCUCGAUACUGCUGAAGCUGAAGUGAGGUCACUCAUAUCUUUGUACUCGGAAGUGGGAAGAAAUGCAGAUUCAUUGUGUCAGUACUUCGGAGAGGAUCCAGCUCGGUGUCCCUUCGAGCAAGUGACACAAAUCUUGGUCGUGUUCGUUAAGAUGUUCAAUAAGUCCCGCGAGGAGAAUGAGAGACAGGUGGAAGCUGAGAAGAAGAAACUUGAAAAGGAAGCCAUGAAGGAGAAGGCAGCUGCUAAUUCACCAGCAGUGAGACGUUGAGAUCAGAAUGAAAGGACUAUUACUAUGAGACAUUCCUAAGACUCGAGGGCCGAGACAAUGCGAUUCCCAGGAGACUGCCAUAGUUAAGAGACACUGCAGUUCUUUUUCACCAAGGUGAAGAUUUAGCAGCAACUAUCGGCUCUAGGUUCUAAUAAGCUGAGUCCAACACCUGGAAAUUGCAAUUUUCAAAUUCCGUCCAGGAACAUGUUCUUGGCCUCCCAAAGUUCGAUUGUUGCCACAUUCGUAGUGUAAGUUUAGCCAUCUAACCCACACUAACCCCUAUUCUCAAGAAUACGAAACUACUAAUUCUUUUACUACUAUGUAGAGAAAAGAGUUAUCAUAGUAAUGGGAGUAGCUUCAUUUAGUGUUGUAGAUCCGAAACUGCUGACUUUUUUACUAAUAUGUAGAGAAAAGAGAUAUAAUAAUAAUGGAAGCAGCUUCAUUUUACAGUGUUGUA